AUGGGAGCCAGUUUGCGGAGGAAGACAUGGCCUCUAGUCAUUAAGUUGUCACUGGAGACCGUACGGCGCUCGCCAUGUCUACCUCCGAUCAACAGAAAACUCCCAAGUCGAGAAGGAUGCUCGGCUUUAGUCAGCACUGAGCCUGCCAAAGGUGAAGUAUCCAACCCCGCACGACGUCAAGAUUCAUCCAUUGGAAAACCUGACCCAACUUAUAACGGGGUUACCCAAGUAAAGAUGAUUGUGGCGGAACUGGGAUGUCAGGGGCUGUUUUCUUGCGUUUUCUCCCUAGGUCUGAUGAGGUUCAAAGAUGAAAUCAUGGAAAAAAUAAGAAACCAUCACGCAUCCAAGGACAUCGGCAGAAUGUUAAACUCUAAAUCAAACCCAAGAUAUAGAAAAAUCUUCUCCUUUAAUGUUACCAGACCAGAGGAUUAUCUUCAGUUCAGGGCUCUGAAUUUAAACAAAUUAAGAGCCGUUAGUCGUCUCAGAGUAGCAAGUAAAGAUGUUAUGAAAAUAUACUUAAAAGAUGCUAUUAUGACUAUUAAAUCUAGUGAGGGCUCCCAACCAAUUCUUAUUGCUUCUAAAGACUGUCAUGUUUUAUUCAGCUCCGGCCUCCCUCACUUUUUCGAUAAAGCCCCCCAAAUUCCCCGAGGGGUUAAUAGUUGCCUCAAGGUCCCGAGGGGUGGUAUUAGGAGGACUGUUGACAGAUAA